AUGACUAUGAACGAGACUAUCCGUAUCAUUGGCAUGCUCAGGGCCUCUGCUGCUCACAACACUGACCACGACAAGAUCAAUGAGCGUGAAGCUUUCUUCGCCUCCACCGACGAAUCCAGCAAGAAGCUCAGGACUGCUGCAGCUGCGCGCAAGCCUCUCUCAGUCUCUCUCCUUGAAGAACUCAUCCACGCGAGCAAGCACGGUCUGCCCUACCCCAGCGAGCCCCUGACGUACGAAUCCAAGGUCGGCAUUGAUCGCAUCCUCGUCACUCUCAACAAGGCCAUUUCCUGCGACGCUGCUGUCAUCAUCCCCAGCGUUCAGUUCAAGGACACUACCCAGGACCUCGCCAACAACCUCGCCAUCGAGAACAGCAGGCGCAUCUUCACCGCGCGUUCUAACAUUAAGGAACUUAAGCUUAUCAGCAGCAAUCUCGGCAUCCCCAUCACAUCUCCUACCAUGGCUGGUCGCUUCCCGGUGCUCAGCACCUCCGACCUCCCCAAGGCUUCGGCUGAGGAGCAGUCCGCCACAGCAUCGCCUGCGCGCGGCACGGCCAUGCUCAACAACAUCUUCAAGUCGGUGCGAGUUCCCGAGUUCCGCUUCAAGUGGAUGUUCUGGGCAGAGAAGGGUCAGCAAGCCGCACCCAAGGACAAGGCAGCUUCAGAAGAGUACCUCACCCGCCCCAAGCCGCUUGGAGACCAAAUCGUCUCCGUCAAGGAGUUUUAUCAGCACUUCAAUAAUAUUCCAGUGGAGAACCUGAAGCUACGAGACUCGAUACACUUGUUCCAUCUGGGUGUGAAACCGGUCUGGGAAGACCCGCGGAAUACGCGUGGCGGCGCAUGGUACUUCAAGGUCAGCAAGGACCUGGCGGCUCAGUUCUGGCAUGAGAUGUGCCUACUUGCCGUCGGUGACGUCUUGCAGGGGGCCGUCGAGACAAAGCGUGCCUCUUUCAAUGACGACAUCUGCGGGAUCUCGUACAGCGUUCGAUGGAAUGCUGUACAGAUCGCCGUCUGGAACCGGGACGCGGAGAAUGAGGAUGGCCGUCUGAAACUUUUAGCGGUCAUCCUCGACAAGCUGUCGGAGGAGCUCCGGCCGAAAAAGGAGGAUAGCUACUGGUACAAGGCGCACAAGGAGCACAAGGGCUUCAUUGAACAGUAG